AUGAACAACAAUAAAUCGAUCGCAAACGAAUUUUACAAACAAAAAGUAUUGUCAAUAUUUGGAUGCAUUUUUCUAACAAUUGGAUUUUGGGUGUUGUUUUCAAAUGAGGCAAAAGCUAUACGACAUUCACAAGUAUUAGAUGAAGUUUUAAAUACUGUAAAUAUUUUAAAUCCAAAUGAACCAAUGAAUAAAAAUCUUGAUAGUACGUUAGUUUAUAUCUCUGCUCCAAUACAUAUUGAGGAACCGUUAACUGAACCAGAGUAUGGAAUAUCUGUACAAGCUGUGAAACUUAAACGACGCGUUCAAAUGUUUCAGUGGAUCGAAGAAGAAACAACCCCAGAUUAUUCGCCAAUUGAUGCACACACCGAUGCCGCACAAAAAAAUUAUUAUUAUUAUACUGAUUGGCGGGAAAAAUUAAUUGACAGUAGUAGAUUCUAUAUGCGUGCAGGCCAUGAAAACCCUAGGAACAUUCAUUUAAAGUCACAUGUUCAAAUUGCAGACGUAGUUAAAAUUGGUCCAUUAACAUUGAGUCUUCCAGUAAAAUUAAAAUUCACUGACUCUUUUGAAAUAACAAGUGAUGAAAGACCUGAACGCCAAGAUAUUAAAUUACAUAUGGGUUUGUAUUAUCAUACAGAUGAUAUCUGGAAUCCAGAAGUUGGUGAUAUUCGUAUUCAAUUUUCGUAUGCGGGUCCAUCUGGACAAGAGGUAACAAUCGUAGGCCAACAGCAAGGAAACUCAAUAGUACCUUACUUAACCAAAGAUAACGUUGAAGUUUUAAUGGUACGUCCAUUAACGCAUACACUUGAAGAAAUGUUUAAUAUGGAACAUGGAGCAUUACGACAUGAAAUGUGGAAAACAAGAGGAUUUGGGUGGUUUUUGUUGUUUAUAUCUACAAAUUGUGUUGCUGAAAUAGUAUAUAUUAUUGUUUCCAGAUUACCAAUUUUUAAAAAUGUCAUUGCAUUGGAUUCAACAAUAUAUACAAACAUAACAGUCAGUUUAACAACAACAAUACUGAUUAUUUCAUUUUCAUGGAUUAUGCAAAAACCCAUAUUUGCUCUUGGUUGCUUAAUUAUGGCUAUUGCUCCAUAUAUAUACUUCUCAACAAUUAACAUUAACACUCCGCAAUAUGUACGAGGGAAUUAUAAUCGGAUGUAGGCUCAAAAAACAGUGUUUGAGAAAUGAUUUAGUCAUUAGAAAAUAACACUAAUUUGUGUAAUCUUUCAACAAAUGAAAGAUUAAUAGAAAAGAUAUGAUUACGAAUGGUGUUGGAAUUUUGAAUUUUUAAAUUUGACCUAAACAUAAGACGAAUUAUGAUCAUUUUCUGGGCACAAUAAUUUGUCGACUACAUAAUGGAAGAGAGACAUAGAUGUUAAUUUGAUUGAUAAUAUAGCUAAUCGCUAUGAACUAAGGCAUCAAAUGUGAAUUUUCUGAGUAAUGGAUGGACCUGAAGGUUAUAAAAAGCUUUUACUAAUUGUUUACAACAACUGGAAAGCAUUGAGAAUUCAAAUAUAUCAAGAGAAUAAAGAAGCAUAUUAUUGUGAACUAUACAUGUUUGUACUGGAUUUUUUGUA